GCAGCCAGUCGCAGCCAUGCAGGUCGCCGCGCUGCUCAUCUGUCUGCUGCUGACCGCGCUGACGUCACAUGUUCAGGCGCAGCCCGAGCGCUGGGAGUUAAACUGGAGGGAAAAGAAUCCAGAGGACACUAUUUCCACUUCAUCAGGGGAUGGUGUGUCAAAUGCUGAGAUUUAUGUAAGACCAGAAGUGCUACAACUGUUACAUCUGAGGAACAGACCCAUAAAAAAACACUUCAAUACUAUGCCAGCAUGGGUGCUAGGAAGUGAACAAGAAAAAUCAUCAGUGGUGAUUCUGCUGCCUGAAGGCUCAGCAGAUAAUGACCAGGUUUUCUGAUGUGCAGAUGGACAAUGGAAUUAGUUCUUUCAAACAUUGUGUCAAUAGGAAAUAAAUAACAAGAACAACAGAAAUUUACAGUACCUUAAACAAGUAAUAACUUGCCAUUGAGCAGCUAUAUGUAAUAGGAAUAAUGCAAAGAGUAACAGAAAUCAGACUGAAACUCCAUAUAAUACAUCAUAGACUUCUGUUGUCAAACCUCAUCAUAGCUCUUCCAAUCCACUUGUAUGAGCUUUUGCUUCUGAUUGGUUGAAAAGGAUGAACUGACAACACUGAUAAAUUACAUAUCUAGUCUGACUGUAACUAUUUUUGCAUGCAGUCAUCGCUGUUUUCCUUCUUAGUUAUUUAUUAAUUUCAUAUACAAAGCAUAGAUUACAAGUAUGAAUAACUUUUACACAUGUAAAAAUGAGUGAGUGAAAGAUGCAGUCAAAAUAUCUUGUACGUAUGUUGAGUUGACUUCAAUUCAUUUUUGGCUGUGUUUCUCUGUCACUCUAAUAACCCAUCAUUUUCUUCAUUAUUCAUCCAGUUUCAGCAGUUGCUCCAUUUCUGCUGACCUUGUUAUCAGUUUCAUGUGCAUAUUUCUAAGAUACCUCUCAUGUAAGAAGAGAAAUUUUGAAUGAAUGAUCAUGUGAUACGGGUCAAUAAUCUAAGGAAGUGAACUAAGAUUCUCCCUCAUGUACGUUAUUGAACUUCUUAUAGCCCUUGUCUUAAAUUAGAGAUCUUCAUUGGUAAUAACAAUUCAUUCUCUUCUUUAUGCUGGAUAAUAAUUAUUAUAAACAGCUUCAUCUUCAUUAUCAUUAUUUAUUAAACAAGUAAGGUUUUGUACUAUCAAUGCUUAUAAAUAUGAAAAAACAGAUACUGUUACCAGUGUUUGCUGCAUUACACCAUCAUGUAUUGGAGAAAGCUUAUAAAUAUUGUUGUACUUUACCAUUCAGUUCUUAAAUUAUAAUGCAUUUAACUGUACCUUCUAUUUUUAUUUCUCUAAAAAGUUUUCCACAUAUUAAGUAAAGUUUCCCACUUUGUCAUCACAACUUGCUCUCACCUUUCUCAAUGUUUUUAUUAAUGUGGCUUUCUUACUUUCUGCCUUAAUAAUUUAUUACAGGUACCUCUAUAAUUUUAAUUCCAUUCACUUUGAGAAAAAAAUAUGUUUGCAUAUCAUUGAUCCUACCAUAUCUGAUAUGUUUACCAAAGCAUGCCUUGCUCUAAAACUCAGCAUGUAUGACUUUUGUGUGAGUGCAGUUUUUGCCUAGUUGUAGUGGAUAAUAAGGCAAGUUCCCUGACAUUCACAAGCAAAUUUCAUCAUUUAUAGUCUCCAAAUUAUGACAAUGACUUUGUUCUGUUCUAAUGGAAGUAUAUACUUUUUUUCUGUGGCACUUGAAAGAAGCUUCUAAGAGAACUUCAAUGACAGAGCAUGUGUGGGACUUGAUCAAACAUUAUCAGAAUAACAGCACUGCAAACCACUGUCCCACCACCAGGAGAAGAGGUUCCAUCAACAUCUGCCCUGUUAUACUGAAUGUAAGCAAAUGCAAAAUUCAGGUAUGGUUUUUGUGUUUACCUGAGUGAAGCCUGUGUUCUGUUGCUGUAGUAAUCAGAAAACUUGCUUGUAAAACUGUUGACACUCUCAAAUUGUGCAUUGAGCAUUGUUUAUGGUGAAUGUUGUGAAACUGAUAGAGAAGCGGUGUAGUUGCUCAUUGAAGAGUGUCCAGAUUGUGCCAAGCAGUCACGCUCUGUCUUUGUAAACGUUAUAAAUAAAGUUCUAGAAACUUAAAGUGUGGAGAGUAAAAUAUGCCAAGGGAAAAGAAGAGCAACUGAUGAAAGAAAUUAAACUAAUAUUUUAAAGGAGUAACACACAGUGCAAAUGUCACUAACAGGUAGUUUGGAAGUACAAGAGGUAUCAAUCAAAUGCGCGUUCUGCGAACACUGCAUUCCAUCAUAUUUCGUCUUCUUCCAAUUUCACUACAUCUACAGCUUCAUGGCAGUGACUAUCCAAAUUUGAUUACAGUCCUCUCAAUGUUAUCUACAAAAAGUGCAAAGUGAGGUGGCAUAUGUAAGCAAAAUUUUGUUUAAGGAAGAAGCAUCAUUUACAAACCAAAGGCAAGUCAGUCUUCACAAAGUGCACUAAUCAUCAGUUGAAAAUCCAUGCUGACUCAAAGAAUGUUCCUGGUCUUUCAAUAUUUGGUGCAUGUUUUUCAAGACCUGCAACACUGGUCUCUGUGUUAUUGAUGGAAUUUUAAAUACAUUCAAGUAAUGUGAGUUCC